CACCCUGAACUUGGUACGUACAACAACAGAUGAGUAAAAACAACAUCUUCGGUGCUGAUAUAAAUGCUGGGAUCGGCGUCAAAUGCAUCAUCAGUUCUGCAGCAACUGUGCAAGUGAUACAAGAUACAAAAUAGUGAUUGAAAACAUUAAAAACACAUACGCAGCUUCGAAGGAUUAUACACUCCUGAAUAAAUAUAAUAUGAAUAAAACCGCAAUUUGGUACGCGGCUGUGCUGCUUCUCGUUUACUUCACCCUGGUGUUUUGUGAGGAAACUGUCGAAAAUGAUGAAACCCAAUUGAUGGAUCCAAAUCGGUAUGCGGAAAUGGAUACGGAAAGUUUAAUGAACGCUGGCCGGGAACUGUUGGAAUUUGAGGGACGCACUCGUCGCCAUCGCCAUCGCUUCUGGUUGCGUCAUUUGUGGCCAUUGGCAAUUGCCUAUUGGAUUAAGGUGAAAGUGGUUGUUGUAUCGUUCUUUGUGGGCAGCGCCAUUUAUUUGGGUCUGCGCUACCUCCGGCCAAAUGCCCGGUGUCAAGAGGUCAUCCUGGAUCAUCCUCCACCAUCGUUUAGUCAUGAUCACAUUCCCUACUCGUUGGAUCAUCAUUCGGCUCAUGAGCAUGAAUCCUAUGAUGCGCCUUCAUAUGAUUCCAGUCCCUCGUUUGAUCCCUACUCCAGCUACUCGGGAUACUCAUCCAGCUCGGAUAUUAUCUCUGAUAUACACAGCGAUUCACCUUCGGGACCAAGCGGACCCAGUGGACCCAGCGGAACCUCGGAAAGGCGUCGUCGUGGCAAACGUAGCAUUCUAGAUGAUCUGGAGGAGCAAAAGGAACAGGAGCAGCUGGAGCACGAAGAGCAGGUGGAGAUUGUCGAUGAGGACAUCUCUGAGAGCGUUGCACGCCAGCGGCCCGCAGAGGAGCAAAUUGCUGAAUUUAUGUUUGCGUUUCUGGGUCUGGAUUCGAAGGCGUGUCGUCGCCGCUUCGUCUGCGAGAUGGAGUUCCGCUCGAAGAUCAAUCCUCUGACGAGCAUGGCGUUCCGCAUUGUGGGUCGCGGCUUCUUCGAGAAGUACACCAACUCACGCAAUCCAAUCACCAGAGCGACCAGUUUCCAGGAAUGCGCUGCCGCAAAUCCCGAAUGCAUUUUUGUCGAGAACACAGAGCCGGAGCCGGAGCCGGAGCUGGAGCCAGAGCAGGAGCACACUGAACACGAGCACGAGCACGAGCAAGAGCAGGAGCAGGCUGAGCAGACUGAGUUGCCGACAACCGAAGAGUCGCAGAAUGAAGUCAACUUGAAGGCGGAACGGCGUCAUGCGCAACGGCGACGCGGGGAUCGCAUGCUCAGCUCAAUUGCCGAGCACAUUUUGACCCAAUAGUAGACGAGUGUAUUGUAUUUUAUUUAUUUAUUUAAUUAUUUAUUUUAGCUAUA